AUGUGGGCGCGGCGGCUUCCCGGCCUCUACAACCCGGGCCCUGACGUGACCGUGGACGAGCAGCUGGUCCCCUUUCGCGGUCGAUGCCUGUUCCGCCAGCACAUGCGCAGCAAGCCCGCGAGGUACGGCGUCAAGUUGUGGGUGGCCUGUGACGCCAAGUCCAGCUACGCGUGGAACGUGCAGGUCUACACGGGCAAGUCCGCGUGUGGCGCGUCCGAGAGGAACCAGGGCGCCCGGGUGCUGCUGGACCUGACCGAGGGGCUAGCGGGCCCUCGCAAGGUCACGUGCGACAACUUCUUCACCUCCUACGACCUGGCGCGGCGGCUCCUGGACGAGAGGCGCCUCACCCUGGUGGGCACGAUGUGCAGAAACAAGCCCGAGCUGCCGGCCGCCUUGCUCGACACCAGGGGCCACGCGGUCGCCUCGUCCAGGCUCGCCUUCACGCCCGCCGCCGCUCUGGUGUCCUACAUGCCCAAGAGGAACAAGAACGUGCUGCUAAUGAGCACGUUCUUCGUAGCCUUCUCGGCUGCUCGUCUGAGGGCGAACUUCUGGGGUGCACUACUCACUGAGUGGCUGCAACCUGUCAGAGAGAAGCUGUGA